ACUAAUUUGACUGCCUGAGACAGGCACUGCUCGAUUAAUGUAACUAACGAACACAAAGGCGAAGUAUUGGCUUAUUCUCUUGAUAAUGCAUUAUUUUAUAUCACCAAUACAGGUACUGACGUUUAGCGUAUUGAUAUGCUGUAUACGUCAUGGCCUUUCUCUUGAACCGGACGACAAACUUCAAACACUGGGCAAUGAUGAGCCAAACAAGAGACAACUAGAACAAAGCAUCAACCCUCUUGGGGGAAGCAGAGUCCUACUAGCUUUAUUGCCGAGGGAUGACGAAUCAGAUAGUAAGGAACAGCCACCACAGUUUGACUACGCUUAUCAGAUAAAACGAGAAAAGGAUGGCAGAAUGAUAAUCUGUGGACGGACCACAUGUCCUCCUGGGACAGAGGUUAAUCCAUGCAAGAUUAACAACAGCGACGAUACGUGUAUUGGCUGUCCUCCUGGGAAACAGAUGCUUGACCAGACACGCUCGGAGGCAUACGUAUUGCACUGUGUUGACAUCCCUUCCUGUCACAACUGGCCAGGUACAGUUGAGACGGCUGAAAACCAUAAGUGUACAGGAGGUUUCCGAAUGAGGUGUAGAUGCAACACAGAAGAUGGUAAAUGUGGGUAUGACCCUUGCCACUGUAUGAAACGUUCAUGUGCUGAAGGAGAGAGCCUUCAACAAAACUGUACCUGUAAGCCAUUGGUAGAACCCGAGGUAACAACAAGAAGAACCAGAGUGUCGACUACAUCAUCGCCACAGUUAACACCGAAUGAACAAGACCACCUCAUACAAAACAAAAUUGAAGAAACCGCUGAACAGCCUCUUCCAGAAGAGCGAUUCCCCACAAGACAUCAAAAAGGAGUUAUCUUUCCUAUACCAUUCCCCAGAGAAGAGAAGGAGGGACUUUGGCCGGAUGCUGACGAUUGGAAGACAAUUUGGACCUCUGUACCCAUCACGAUACUGGUGAUAAUACUAUUGCUCUGCUGUAUAGGCUGGACAUGUUUCAGGAAAAAAACUAGAAAAUUGUUCACGGAUUGUCGCCAUGUAUUUAAUUCCUCUAUGCGUGAAUUUGCGGGUCGACUUGGCAUCAACGGUAACUAAGUGACGACGUCGUUGUGUGGUGCUUUGUUGGGAUGCUCAUCAUACUAUAACGUACAGAAAAUAUCCGUACCAAUCUUUGGUGGAAUUUUUUUCGGUGUUACUAGUUAGGGGAAGUUCUUUCAUAGCAGAUGACAUUACACAUAUUUUGUUUCAAAAAAGCUUUAAAAAGAUGUUAUGAUAGAUAAACAGACAUGAAUUUCUGAACGAUUUUGUUUUAUCGUAAUUUCUCGAAACCAACCCAAUUUGAUCAUUCUUGGAUUAAAUAUUAAGCUUUACUUUACAACAAAUAUGAAUCAAUUUCUAUCAAGUUAUACUAAUACCUGUAAUUGGCUCGCAGUGACCCGAAUGUGGUAGGAAACCAAAAAUCUAGAGAAACCCACUUAGUUGGACAUAUGACCACACAUCUUUUCCAGUCGGACCGGGGUAUCGAACUCCAGGGUAACCUGAAAAAGUGACCCGCGUAGAAAACCUACCCGGGGUCCAAAUUCCAGGUCAAUAUUAUUAUAAUUCAAUUUUCAUGAACAGCACGAUUUACAAUAUAUAUAAAACAAUACUUUGAUGAAAAGUAACACUUUAUACUGAGAACCACACCUAGACAAAGACUAUUCACCACACACACAUGAACCACACAUUAAUGCUACACACACACAUUGAAAGAAGGAAGUGUUACACAUAAUAUAUGUUUUUCAAAACAUUUCACUUGUCCCUCUUAAAUACUAUUACGGUGUUGGCCUGUCCAUACAUUCACCAACCACCAACUGAAGUAUUUUCUAUUGACAACAAUUAUCAUUACUAUUUGUCAGCACCAGUUAAGUAUUUCUUAUUUCUUAAUAGAAUAUAAUGUGCAGCACACAUAUAUUAUUCUUUCUCUCUAUAUAUACAUAUAUAUAUUACACGGUACACACAAAAAAAAAACACAACGGGGAAGAGAGGGGAGGGUCAGAGAUGAAUGCAUAGAAUAAUUUGCGAUUGAAGAUUAUUAGAAGUGUUCGUAUCCCUUCAGUUUUAUGAAUAGGGAAGAAUCUGAAUCUCACAGGAGAAGCCAUUUUUCAGUUUUUGUAUUUCUGCUUUAUAUUUAAUUUCUUCAUGUUUAGCAAGCAAGAUAGUCUGUGAUUUAAGUUCGAAUUGUGUGUAAUUAUUCAGACUGAUAAUAUUGAACUCACAAUCUAGACAUUUCAUCUUAAAUAUGUACUGUUUAAUGAUUAGCAAGUUUAUGUGAUACAGUGAUUGUAACCUGAUUAUUAAUGCGUUGAAGGUAGUGUUUCACGUAUCCCUUGUUUUAU